GUGGAUAAGCUUUUUUGUCCUUUUUUUCUUCCUUAUACUUUGUUUCCAACACAAAUAUUUUGAAAGCAAUGCAGUUCCUUCUCUGAAUUUUGUCCUUCCUUUUCAUGAAGGAUAUUUUCUGAGUCUAAUAUUGCAUCUACCUUUUCUCUUUACUUGUACUUUCAGUUUCUAGUUAUGGCUGCACUAACUUCUUUGUCAUUCUCAGCAACUUCUCAAUGCUCACAGAGAAAAUCCACUUUGUCUUCUACUCGUUUCCUUGCUUCAAGUUCUGAUAUGUUUGGAAUUCGGACAGAUUCCUCGUACCAUUGUGUUGGUGUUAGAGUUGGCAAUUCUGCUUCUAAAAUGGUUAUUCAAUGCAUGUCUUCUGUCACAGAUGUUCCUAGUGUUUCUGAGACAAAGCUAAAUUUCCUAAAGGCAUAUAAACGACCAAUCCCGAGUAUCUAUAACAAUGUGCUGCAGGAGCUCAUUGUUCAACAUCAUUUAAUGAGAUACAAGACAUCAUACCAAUAUGAUUCUGUAUUUGCUCUUGGUUUUGUCACUGUCUAUGAUAAACUCAUGGAAGGGUAUUCUAGUGAAGAGGAGCGUGAUACCAUCUUCAAAGCUUAUAUUAAUGCAUUGAAGGAAGAUCCAGAACAAUACAGAAUAGAUGCAAAGAAGUUGGAAGAUUGGGCUAAGGCUCAAAACUCAAUUUCACUGGUUGAGUUUUCAUCCAGAGAAGGAGAAGUUGAAGGGGUUUUAAAGGAUAUUGCAAAAAGAGCAGGAGAAAAGGGUGAAUUCAGUUAUAGUCGUUUCUUUGCAGUAGGUCUUUUUCGCCUUCUUGAGUUGGCAAAUGCAACAGAACCAACAAUUUUAGACAAGCUUUGUGCGGCUUUGAACAUCGACAAAAGAAGCGUUGAUCGGGACUUGGAUGUGUACCGUAUGCUGCUUUCCAAGCUGGUUCAAGCAAAAGAGCUGCAAAGGGAAUUUAUUGACAGGGAGAAGAAGAAAAGAGAAGAAAGGGUGGAGCCACAGAAGGCUAAUGGGGCCAUUACAAAUUGAGUGGGGAAACUACUGUCUGUUCUGUAGCUAAGUUCUUCAAAAACGAUCUCCAUGUGAAGAUUUCUAAUCCUUGACACACCUUUUCUUAAUCCACUGAGUUGGAUAAGCAAGAAUCAGCAUGAUUUCUCAUACUGUACUUGGUUUACAUUGUGGUAUUUGUUCUUCUAAAACCACAAUUUGUUCACCCUUUUCACACAAUUUGCAUGUAUUUUCUAGUUUUACCUUGCAGUCACAAAUUUAUUUUCGCAGUUCUAAAAACAAGAAAGCCUAAAGGCAUACAUUCUGAGUAAAUAACUUUAUAUUUCGGUGAGUGCGUUCACUUCGACAUCAAUUUCAUGGUUAGAAUUUACUAUCAUCAGUUAUUGGUUUA